GUCUCUGUUUCACACAAACCGGAGACUUUUGAAACACAAACCUCUCGUCGGCUACAAAGGGGGCGCUUCCACCCAGCCGGGGAUCCCAUGGUUGUACGCGCAGACCGCCUCCCAGUCACCUUCAUGGGGUUGGCGAUCGUGUAUGGCGCAGUGACCACGCUCUGGUGCCUGCUCCCGACGCUGUCCGAGACGCUCACCCAGCCGUCCUCAAGCUCCGUCAUCCGCCGUCUCGUGCUCGGAACGACGCUCGGGCAAGCGUUCAAUGUGAUUGCGCUGCUCUAUCUCGGAGUGAGCAUGACCUUCAACUGGAUCAUGUCGAUCGUGGCAACGUCCUUCAACCAUCCCCAUGAUGCAGCCGACAGCAACCACGCUUCUUCUCAUGAACAUGCUCAUGGAGAAGCAGCAAUCCAUCAAGCAACCCAUUCAAGAACGUUCUGCGCAGCGUGUGGCCAACAGCGGCCGUUGCGCACCCACCACUGCUCUGCUUGCAACCGGUGCAUUGCUCGGCGCGACCAUCACUGCUUCUUCGUUGGCACGUGCAUUGGCCAGGAAAAUCAUCGCUACUUUUUGAGCUUCUUGGCGUUCAGCUGGAUGGCGUGCACCUGGGUUGCGGUGCUGACAUUUUGCCUGCCCAUUCCGACGGCCGAUUCAUGGUGGCUUGCCGUUGCGAUUGGAUUUGCGCCCUGGGUUCGCAUUGCACUUGUUCAGCUCGGCGUUCUCAAUCUUGCUGCAGCUGGGCCCGUCGUGCCAAUGUCUCUCUUGAUUUUGCGGACGCUCACUUGUACGAGUAGCAUUGCCGCGCUGCUGAUGCUCGUCUACCAGCUCCGGGCCAUUGUGCAAGGCCAAACCGUGCUCGAACGCCGGCGCCAAACUGCUUCCGCCGCAUUCGAAGACCUCGGCGUCAAGGCGAAUUUGCAGGCUGUUCUCGGAGUGCAUCCUAGCUGGUGGUACAGUUGGAUUGUGCCUCACUAUACCAAUGCUGCGCACGCUCAGCAGCUGCGCGCCGUCUUCCAAAAAGCACAAGGCCCGCCAUCCACCAACGAAUUGCCAAAUUCGCAACUUGUAAAAUAUCAGUAACUUUGCUAUUUUUGUGUGUGUUUGAGCUUCUUUUGAUUUUAUAACAUGGCAGCCAUCGAUGAUACCGGCCGGGUCAUUAACAAGGUGAACAAAUCUAAUGGUCAAAC